UCCUCUCUAAUCAAGUCCAUGACACAACUGGCGUCAUAAGGUCUUGGUGGCGACGACGUGAACGUGCACCUCCUCCCUGCGUCACAAAAACCCCGUGAAGUCCUUCCCUUUCUACCCUCCAAAGUCUUGCCCUACCCUCCGGCCCCCACCGGUGUAGGACGGAGAGGGGACACCGCAAUCCGGCCCGCCAAUGGUGUCCUUCCACCUCGGCCAGCCGUCGCCACGUCGGCGCGUGAUCGGGGAAAAGCGCCUCGCCACCCUGCUUCUGCUGAUGAGCUUCUUCUCUUCUCGCCGGGGUCGCGGGAGGGGAGGGAGAUCUCUCGCUUUUCUUUCUUUCUUUCCCUGGCAUUUCGCGACAAAGAACCGUCCUUGGGCCGCGUGCGUGGAGGCGCCAUGGCCAGCGGCGGGCGGCGGCGGCCCAAGCCGAGGGCGAGGGCGAGGGCUAGGGGCAAGGCGAAGAGGACCAAGUACCUCAGCCUCAGCGACCUGAUGGUUAAGGCGGAGGUGGCAGCGACGCCGUCGCCGCCGUCGCCGCCGGCGGACCCGUGGGAGGAGGAGGAGGCGGAGGCGGAAGUGAAGCGGGAGGAGGACGCUGGCGGCGACGACGGAGGCGCCGGGCGGCAGCAGCAGCAGGUGGAGCCGUUCGCGCUGCACAACCACAACGAGGCGUCCACGCUGUUCGAGGCCCUGCCGGCGCCGUCGCUCUCCGACAUCCUCGGCCCGUCGCCGUCCGCGUCGCCCGACGGGGCCGGCUCGGGGGCUUCGGGGCUCCCGGGCGCCCAGGAGGAGGACCUCGCGCGCCGCGCGCUGCGGGGCAGGGAGCGCUGGGUGUACUGCUCCUCGCCGGCGGCUACGGCCACCCCCACCGCCACCGCCACCACGUCGUCGUCGUCGCCGUGCUCGUCCGCCGCCAGUACGGGCGCGUCGGCGGCGCGCUCGCUGCUGCUCAAGCUCGACUACGAGGAGAUCCUCGCGGCGUGGGCCGACCGGGGGUCGCUCUACAUCGGCGCCGCUGGCGCCAGCGGGGGCGGCGGCGGCGACUCGCCGGAGCUGCAGCUCGACGCCGUGCAGGUGUUGGUGGAGAUGGAGCCGGCCGACCACGCCGUGGCGGAGCUUUCAGGGAGGGCGGAGAGGGUGAGGCGGUACAAGGAGAAGCGGCGGAGGCGGCUCUUCGCCAAGCGGAUCCGGUACGAGGUUCGCCGGGUUAAUGCCGUCAAGCGGCCGCGGUUCAAGGGUCGUUUCAUAAAGGAACAUGAGGAAAGCGAGCUGCGGCCUACGUAGCCUCCUUUGCUUCUUCCAUCGCCACAAGGAUAGCCCGUGUGUGUAUAUAUACGGUUAGUCACCUUGGUGUCUCAUCCCAGUUCAGUCGCUGUACCGCGCACCUACCCUGGCCAAGUGCCAAGCUUCAGCCUUCAGGUGUAGAAUCACUAGCUGCAAAGUUAUGUUCCGUAGGAUGAAAAUAACAGAACUUAGAAUGGAAAAAAAACAUCGGAUGAUGAAUUGUUCUCGUUUCAAGAUCCAUUGGUUCGGACUUACUAGUUUGCAAACUGUGCACAGGGGCAAUGUUCAGUUAGCAACAAUUUGACUCAGGCAGGGCUUGAGAAUUUGUCAAUUUGAUAUCUGAGCCAUCUGAUUAGCAACAAAAAAAAAGUAUGCUUAGAGACAUUCAUUUACCAACAGUUGACAGAGAACACCUCUUUGUAACGCUGGAUUAUGGCAUGAGGAUCUUGUAAACUCGGUAGCUGAUGGCACUGCUUGCUACUAUCUUUUAGAGUUCACUGCUAGUGACGCACGUCAUGUGAGUCUGUUCAUGGGGGGUGCAGUGUAUUUUCAGACGAUCAGUUCUGGUUUGUCGAAAGUGACAGUGUUCUGUUAGUAAUAACAACUCAACUGACCUCUUGACCAAGGGCUGAAGCAUCUGAGUUUGAGCUGUCCGAUUGUUAAAAACUGAUGCAUGUUUCUCAAAUAGUCAAAUCUACUACUUACUACGUA